UUGCCCCUUGGCACAGAAACAUCAGAACUUGGAAGAAAUUCUGCGAUAAGAUGGUGCCGAAAAUAACGUGCUUCGUCGUGAUACUUUGUGCUCUGCAGUUUGCCCUAGCUGCAAACGUGCAGAAGCGCGACUUACUCAGCUCACUCCAGUCAACUGUUGCCUCAGUGCAGCAGAAGGCUGCAGAUAUCUUCGGACAGGCCAAAACCCAGUUCGAAGAAAUUGAGAAACAAGUUUCCUCGAUAAUCAAUUCCACAGUGGCCAAUGUACAGACGCGCGCUGCGGAGGUAAUUCAGCAGAUACAAUCGGCCGUGGCUUCAGCUGAGCAAAUUGGGAGAAAUAUCGGACCAUGUGUCAGCGGGCAAACUGAGACAGCGAAAAGAGUAGUUAAUGAAACAGAAACAAAUCUUCAAACCUGCACGACAUCGGCAAAAAGUCAAUUGAACGCGACGUAUGCGGACAUACAAAACUUGUUCUCCCAGUCUCUACAGCUUUCUACAGAGAUUACCAGCUGCUUCAGUCAAGGAUUUGGUGCGCUAAGCUGUCUGGCCAAUGCCAGCGGUACCGUUCUCCCGAGGGCCAUGCUACUCCUCUCUUCGAUCACAUCCGACGCCGCGACAUUUGGCGCGCAGUUAACACCAGUGCCAGCAUUGCUUGCGCAAUGCGCCGCCGACGGAUUAUCCAGUGCAGCGACGAAAUUUGCAUCCGUCUUGGCGACAAUUCAAACUUGUGCUACAAGUCAGCCCACUGCCGCUUGAAUCAUCGCUGUGAAAGCGAACGAAAUAACAAGAUUCCUAAAUUGCAGAAUCUAAAAACUUCGCUAGUUUAAAAAGAAAUGUAAAAGCUGCAUAAUAAUAACAAUAAUAACACAUG